AUGGCGAGGAGAAGCUACUUGUUCUUCUUGGCCGGCCUAGUUAUUCUCUGGCCGGCCUUAGCCGCGGCAGAUUACAUCAAGUACAGAGAUCCGAAGCAGCCCACGAAUGCCCGGAUAACGGAUCUAAUGAACAGGAUGACGCUGCAGGAGAAGAUCGGCCAGAUGGUUCAGAUUGAGCGCACUGUUGCCUCGCCUCAAGUCAUGAAGAAUUACUUCAUCGGGAGCGUGUUGAGUGGAGGAGGGAGCAGCCCCGGGGUGAAUGCUUCAGCUCAGGAAUGGAUUAAAAUGGUGAACCAGUUCCAGAGAGAUGCUCUCUCCACUCGGCUAGGGAUUCCGAUGAUUUAUGGGAUUGAUUCUGUUCAUGGCCACAGCACUGUUUACAACGCCACCAUUUUCCCUCACAAUAUCGGCCUCGGAGCUACAAGGCAAAGAAUUGGAGCAGCAACAGCACUUGAAGCCAGAGCUACAGGCAUUCCAUAUCUUUUUGCUCCUUGUGUAGCAGUAUGCAGAGACCCGAGAUGGGGGAGAUGCUACGAGAGCUACAGUGAAGAUCCAGAGGUGGUGAGCUCAAUGACAGAGAUAGUCACAGGGUUACAAGGAGACAUCCCUUCCACUUCUCCCAAAGGUGUCCCAUAUGUUGGCGGCAAGACGAAAGUCGCAGCUUGCGCAAAGCACUACGUGGGAGAUGGUGGAACUGUGAAUGGGAUCAACGAGAACAACACAAUCCUAAGCAGGCACGGAUUGCUCAGCAUCCACAUGCCUGGCUACUCUGCCUCCAUUAUCAAGGGGGUUUCAACUGUCAUGGUGUCUUACUCGAGCUGGAAUGGCGAUAAGAUGCAUGGCAACCGUGACCUCAUCACUGGGUUUCUCAAGGGCACUCUUCGUUUCAGGGGAUUUGUGAUUACUGACUGGGAGGGACUUGACAGGAUGACCUCUCCUCGUCAUGCCAACUACUCGAACUCUAUCCUUAGAGGAAUCAAUGCUGGAAUCGACAUGAUCAUGGUUCCGAUGAAGUACAAAGAGUUCAUCGACGACUUAAACCAGCUGGUUACGAACCACGAAAUACCCAUGUCCAGGAUCGACGAUGCAGUCAGGAGAGUUCUUCGAGUCAAAUUCACAAUGGGUUUGUUCGAAAAUCCUUUAGCGGACGAAACCCUCGUCAAUCACUUGGGAAGCCACGAGCACAGGGAAUUAGCCAGAGAAGCCGUCAGGAAAUCACUCGUAUUACUGAAAAACACCAACUCAAUGCUGCCUCUUCCAAAGAAAGGAUCGAAGAUACUCGUGGCCGGGGCUCACGCGGACAAUUUGGGCUACCAGUGUGGUGGAUGGACGAUACAGUGGCAAGGUCAAAGCGGCAACAAUGCUACCGUCGGGACGACAAUCAUGGAUGCCAUAAUGAACACGGUGGAUAAACAGAGCAGUCAGGUUGUGUAUCAGGAAAAUCCUGACACAAAAUAUCUCCAGUCAGAGGGCUUCUCCUAUGCCAUUGUCGUGGUUGGGGAGCUUCCUUAUGCAGAGACAGAAGGGAACAAUAUGAACCUGACGAUUCCUGAACCGGGUCCGACCAUGAUCAAGAAUGUGUGCAGAGCUGUGAAGUGCGUGGUGGUGGUUGUCUCGGGUCGGCCGGUGGUAAUCGAGCCGUAUUUGAAGUGGAUCGAUGGUUUGGUUGCGGCCUGGCUGCCUGGAACUGAAGGCCAAGGUGUUGCUGAUGUGUUGUUUGGUAACUAUGGGUUCAGUGGGAAGCUUUCCAGGACUUGGUUUAGGAGUGUGGAUCAGUUGCCUAUGAAUGUGGGGGAUGAACAUUAUGACCCUCUUUUUCCAUUUGGCUUUGGGCUCACCACUGAACCUACCGAUGAUUCUAAUUAG